UGUCAAACCAUGCUGCUGCUCGUGGUCUCCGUGUCUCUCACCAAUAUGUUCUUUGCUGUUGGAGUGGUUUGCGUGCCCCUGCCUGAACAGGGGCCCCCCACCUCGCACCACUGGGGCCCGGUGGUGCGGCUGCGGCACCUGUACGCCGCCCGGCCCGGGCUCCACCUGCUGAUCAGCGGGGACGGACAGGUCCACGGCUCGGAGCAGCAGACCCCACACAGCCUGCUGGAGAUCAGUCCGGUGGAACCAGGCUGUGUGGUGAUCCGAGGAGUCGCAGCCUCAAAGUAUCUCUGCAUAGAGCCUGACGGAAGGCUGUACUCAACGCCCACCUACAGCAGGGACUCCUGCACCUUCAGAGAGCAGAUCCUGCCUGACGGCUACAGCGUCUACACCUCGGUCACACACGGGGCCCUGCUCAGUCUGGGAACCCCACGACAGAGGAAGCAGGGCCGGGACCGAGGCAUGCCGGCUCUGGCUCAGUUCCUCCCCAGGAUCAGCAGCCUGGAUCAGGUCCCGGACCCUGGACCGGAUGUCCCUGAGCAGCUGGAACAGAGGAGGCCGACAGAAGACCCUGUGGAUGCCAUGGACUUGUUUGGGCAGCUCUCUCAGAUCAUGCACAGCCCCAGCUUCCACAAGAGAUGAGACAGAGUGAAGGGACAGCAGUGAAGGGAUUUGUCCUGAGGGAUCUUUGUCUGAGAGCAUGCACCCCUCCCUGCAUGUUGAGGUAGCAGGAAGUGAGGUUCAGCCGGCCUGCACCCAGAGAGGCUGCUGGGACAUCCUGCCAGCACCGUCCCGUCAGACCUGCAUGAACUGAGCACAGUGUGCUACGUACUAAGUGUCAGGGUCCAUUCUGUCACUUUCAGUACACUUCACAUAGAGAUGUGUUUGAAAAAAGACAAGGUAACAUUAUCAGAAGAAGGAAGAGUUGCACCUACAGAACGUUGAAAAAGGAAAAGAAGGGCACAGUAUUAGAAACACUGUAUCAUUGUGUAGAGUCACAUGAAAAAGCACCAUGUGCUCAGACAUUUUGCCUAUUCUGAAUGUUGUACAAAGUGUGUUUUAAGGUGUUCCAACAGGAAGCAGAGAUCCUGAGGACCAGGAUGUUGGUCAAAUUAACUGCAGCUGGUUAGUGAGUUAAAAAGACGAGUACUUUUCCACACCUGACAAAAAGGAAUUACGUUCCUGCAGUAAUAUGUAUUUAUUUUCAAUAUUUCAACGUUUGCUUUGAAUGUGAAUAUCUGUGUAGCUUUAUUAAAAGAACCAUUACAUUUUCUGUGGUUGGAAUUUUUAAUUAGAAUGAUUUGGAAACAAGUCUUAAUAUCAAUAAAGCACUUGAAGCAGA